AUGACUGAUGGAGACUAUGAUUAUCUGAUCAAACUCCUGGCCCUUGGAGACUCUGGGGUUGGAAAAACAACAUUCCUGUACAGAUACACCGAUAACAAAUUUAAUCCAAAAUUCAUCACAACAGUAGGAAUAGAUUUUCGGGAAAAACGAGUGGUAUACAACAGCAGAGGACCAAAUGGAUCUCCAGGAAAAGCCUUCAAGGUACAUCUCCAGCUUUGGGACACAGCCGGACAGGAAAGAUUUCGAAGUCUCACCACAGCGUUUUUCAGAGAUGCUAUGGGCUUUUUACUAAUGUUUGAUCUCACCAGUCAACAGAGCUUCUUAAAUGUCAGAAAUUGGAUGAGUCAGCUGCAAGCCAAUGCAUAUUGUGAGAAUCCAGAUAUAGUCUUAAUUGGUAAUAAAGCUGAUUUAUCAGACCAAAGGGAGGUAAACGAAAGGCAAGCAAAAGAUCUGGCAGACAAAUACGGCAUACCGUACUUCGAAACAAGUGCUGCUACCGGACAGAACGUGGAGAAGGCUGUGGACACGCUUCUGGACUUGAUAAUGAAGCGUAUGGAGCAGUGCGUGGACAAGACACAGGUCUCCGACACAGCCAACGGAGGAAGCUCGGGGAAGCUAGAUUCAGCAAAACCGGAGGAGAAGAAGUGUGCCUGCUAA